AUCAUUUUUAAAAUGCAGUGAGGUUUUUCUGGUCUUUUUAGGUUUCCGAUUUGGUUUUAAGUUAGACUUGUGGGUGCCUCCCUUUAAUUGUUUGGUGUUUUAUAUUAAUUUCUGGUUGUUUGAUUAUUAAAUAUAGUUUUUUACUAUUGAAUUUGUGAAAUUAUAUACUACUUAACACCAAUCAUGGCUUCAACUGAAAAGUCAAAGCGUUCAACUACCAUAGUUGAGGUUUCUUCAUCUGAGUCUCGUGCGACAAGCCCUCUUAGUGUUGCCAUUAGGACCAGAAAACAAGAGAAAAAUGAACUUGCCAAUUUAAACGAUCGUCUUGCCCAAUAUAUUCAAAGAAACCGAGAACUUCAGCAUGAGAAUAACAACUAUGCCACUGAGAUACAAUCACUGAAAGAAAGUUGGCAACGAGAAAUUAAUAAAUCUAAAGCCGUUUGCGAAAAAGAAAUCAGAGACCUUCGUUUGGCUCUAGACGAAGUAUCCACUCAAAAAGCUAAACUUGAAUUGGAUACCAACCGAUUUAGGACUGAAAAGGAUGAGAUUGAUAAAAAACUCAAGGCAAAACAAAAGGAGUUCUUGAAUGUUCAGAAAAAAUGUGAAUCACUGGAGACACAGUUGGAUGAUGCCAAAUCUCGCCUUAACCAAUCUCACAAUGAGAGAAAAAGAUUGGAAGACAAUAUCAAUGAGCUCAACCAUGAUCUACAAUCGGCCAAUAAACAACUUCAAGAUGCCCAACGACAGUUGGAGGCUGAAGUAUAUUCUCGAGUAAACCUUGAAAAUCAAAUUCAAAGUUUACGGGAGGAGCUUAUUUUCAAAGAAACUUUACAUGAGCAAGAAUUGAGUGAAACUAGAGUCAUGAGGGAAACGCAAAUUGAACAUGCUGUUGAAGAGCAAAUCAAAGAGCAGUAUGAGCAAAGACUUGCUGAUGAACUUGCUGAAUUGAGACAGAUAAGCGAGGAACAAGUUCGUCUCAACCGUGAAGAGUUAACUCGAACCUAUGAAGCCCAACUGAAAGAGCUACAAAAGCGUUUGACUAGUAAAAGCAGCUCAGAAACUACUCUCAAAAAUGAUUUGCAAACUUUCAGAAAUAAGGUUGACUCUCUUACCGCUAAAGUUUCAGAAUUGUCUGCAGUCAAUGAAGGAUAUAAGUCUCGUAUCAAAGACUUGGAAAAAUUGAUUGAGCAAGAAAGAAACUGGGCAACAUUGUCAUUACGGGAAAAGGAUGAAGAAAUGAGCAAACUUAGAGAUGAUCUCAAAGAAAUUCAUAAAGAAUAUCAAGAUUUAUUGGAUCUUAAAAUUGCCUUGGACCUCGAAAUCAAUGCCUAUCGAAAAAUGUUGGAAGGAGAAGAAACUCGACUCAGCUUAUCUCCUAGAAAGAGUCAGGGUGGACCCGAUGAAACUUCUUCAACCUCUGGCCGAUUAGCAACUCCCAGAGUCUAUGCCAUGCCAAGAAAACGCAAACGGGUUGUCAUUGAAGACAAUGAAAAUACAGUUGAAUUUAAAACCUUCUCUGACUGUCGAGGUGAAGUUCAAAUCAAUGAUUAUGAUCAAGAGGGAAAAUUUGUCAAGCUUCACAAUAAAAGUGACCAAGACAUCUCAUUGAGCGGAUGGCAAUUGCAACGUAAAAUUGGAGAAAAGGUGGUCACCACCUACAAAUUUCCUCGAACCGCAACUAUCAAGGCCGGGUCAGAAGUAACGGUUUGGAGCUCUGAUAGCAAAGUGACUCAUAACCCGCCAUCAGAUAUAUUGAUGAAAAACAAUUGGGGAACCGGUGAUGAUAUAUCUACCUCAUUGUUAAAUCCUGAUGGAGAGGAGGCUGCCAUACGAUCCACAACCAAGGUCAUUAAAUCUCAUAAGUUUCGGAGGCUUGCUGAUUCUUUUGGGGAUUACAACUACUCUGAAGUUGAUAGCGGAGAUAAUAAGGAGAAAUGCAUCCUGAUGUAGACAUCCAUUUUCUUGGGAGCGCUUCAUUUCUCAUGAAAUUACCCAACUAAUCCAUAGCAUCAUAUCUUUUCAUAUAAAAAAUUGAACCCAGUGCUUUUACUAUUUUCACCAUCUCUUCAAAUGUUCCUCUUUUUUUCCGUCUCACCUUCGCACCAACACAACACGAAAACAAAGCCUUUUCAAUAGAUUGACACUUAUAUUUAAAUUUGAUUCGAAUUUGUAUUGCAAUAAAUCUUCAAUUUUUCAAUUAACCCAACAAAGGGUAAAAUGUUAAAUGGACGGGAUUAACUUUGCCCAAAAAUAAAAAAGCUAAUCAAAAUAAUUGUGAAAA